AUGAGGACAGUCAAUGGUGGGUCCGAUGUGGUGUCCUGUCGAUCAUUCCCCACCUCUCUCAAGGGGCCCGCGGGGUUGUGGUUCGCCAAAUUAAAGCCUAACUCGAUCCGAAGCUUCACAGAGUUGGCCAAAGCCUUCGUCAGCCGCUUCCAGAGCAGUGUGAAGCAAAAGAAGACUGCAGCCAAUUUGUUGGCUGUCAAACAACGCUCUGAUGAGUCCAUCAGAGAUUACAUCGCCCGCUUCAACGCCGAGAGUCUGGAGAUUAAGGACCUGGACGAUGCGAUGGCUUUCAACGCCCUGCACAACGGAGUCACCAACCACGAUCUAGUAAAGUCGCUGGCGCUAGAUCCGGUGACAACUAUGCCACAGCUGCUAGAUCGUUGUUACCAAUAUGCCAACAUGUUCGAUAUCAUAAAGACGAGAAAAGUAGUGGAUGGAAGAGCUACCGAGAAGAAAAGGACGAAUGAAAAGGAAGACAAGAAAGGGGACGGCAAGAGAGCGAGGUCAGAGAGGGAUUCAAGUCCCGAGUAUACCCCACUCAAUACCACCAGGACUAAAAUCCUGAUGGAAGUAUCGGAUCGAGGGCUACUGCAACAGCCCUGGCCAAUGUUUUCAAAACCGGAGGAUCGGUAUCCGAACAAAUUUUGCGAGUUCCACCGAAAGAUAGGCCAUGACACGGAGGACUGCAGACAGCUAAAGAGGGAAAUAGAAGACGUGAUCCAGAAAGGCCACCUAAGGCGUUACGUCAAGGAGGCGAGAGAAAACCCUCGAGGUCGAGAAACCACAAGGAAUGACUGGCGAAGAGAUGAUAAAGCCCGAAGAGGGGGAGAUAGGGAUCGCCCAAGCGAUCAGAGAAACAAUCAUCGGGAAGUCAGGAGAAACCAGGACGAGACCAACACAUCCACAGCCCCGGCUAUCCUCACCAUCCUGGGAGGACCAGGGCAAGAGUCAACUCGCCAAGCUAAGGCGAAAGCCAGAUUUGUGGCAGUAGCGGAAAUCUCCGAAAAGAAAGCGCGCAUGGAGCCUGAGAUCACUUUCUCAGAUCGAGACAUGGAGGGGUUGAGCUGGCCGCACGACGAUGCUGUCAUGGUCCAGGCAGUUAUAGCCAAUCGCGUCCACCGGGUCUUAGUCGACAGAGGGGCAUCCGUAGAUAUGCUAUCUUACGAUGCAUAUCUAUAA